AUGAGGGGAACCGAAUUCUCUGGGCAGAAAACCAUCACAAGCAAGCUUGUGAGAAACUCGUUCUUUACUGGGGGGGAACCAAGAGUCGUUCGGAUUUCUGUAGCUGACAACUAUGCUACUGAUUCUUCCAGUGAUGAAGACGAGAGAGACCACCGAUUUCCUCGCCCGCCGAAGAAGUUUGUCCAUGAGAUCAGAAUCGAAGAUUUCUCGAGUUUCACAGCUAGCAGAGAAGUUAACGGUGAUUCCAGACCCAUUUUGAAGGAGAAGUCGAAGCAGAAGAGGGAGAAACGUCCUGCAAUACCCCGAAGAAAACAGGGCCUUCCCAACGGGAAGAAGUUUCGCGGCGUCAGGCAGAGACUGUGGGGGCGGUGGGCAGCCGAGAUUCGGGACCCGUUUCUGCGAGCUCGGAAGUGGCUUGGCACGUUCGACACGGCAGAGGAAGCGGCUUUGAUGUACGACAUAGAAGCCAUUCGUCUAAGAGGAGCCGACGCUCUUACUAAUUUAAUCAAACCGCCCGAGAAACACCAACCUCUCGUGCUGCCAUUGAGUAAUGACGCGUCCCAAGGGUCAGUGAAAUGUCCUCUGAAGAAGAAGAACAAGUGGUUGGAAAAUGAGUGUGUCUACGAUUCAAGCAAAGAGUCUCGAGAUUUACUGUCGUCGUCUUCUUCCUCGCCGACUUCUGUUCUCAGAUACAGUGGGAGAGGGUCCUUUGAGCGUACAGGGUGGGCAGGCAUCCAGGAAUCCAGAGAAGAAGAAGAAAAGUUCUUGUUCCCAGAUUCAUCACCUGAAUUCGUGUCCUAUUGUUAUACGGAUUACGAAACUCCUCUGAGCCAGCCGUUGUUUGUUGAAUCCAGUGUGCCUCAACUGAUUUCUAGUGAGAUUUUGAGGGACAUUCCCUUUCAACUCGAUGAUGAUUUUGAAUCUUCCAAGUGGGUCGUAGAUAAUUACUUUCAGGAUCCUUUGCCUCUGAAAUGA